AUGGAGCAAACAAAAAUUGAGGUAUCAAAGCCAAUAUUAAGUCCAACAAGGUCACUUGAUGAGGGAUUUGAAUCAGAUCCAGACCGAAUAUCUACUGAUUCGGAACUAACGUCGACACAACCUUCAACUUUUGAUCUUCAUCAUCGUAUUGAGCAUCAUAGUGUGCGACACAGUAACAACAUAGAAAGUUCACCAAUAUCUAGUGUAUGUCUCGAUGGUGGUGACUCAGAAUCUGAUAAUAAUGCGGAUGAUGGGAAGCUGAUUAUACAUAAUACCGCACUAAAAACAGAUCAACAGCAAGCGACACCGACAUCGAAAGCCGAUCAGAAACAACACAUCUAUAGACGUAUGAAAAAUAAAGCCCCCUUGCCUCCAAAGUCUAACAGUACUAAUAGCAUAUAUCAAACAACAUCACAGCCGCGAUCGCAAUCUGUUGAUCGUAUUCAGCUACGAUCGAAUAUUAAUAAUGAUUUUAAUAAAUCAUCGACACCCAAUGCUAAUCAAAAUAUUCUUGCUGGACGUUUUGUUCGUGUUACCGUUGAUCCCAAACAACAAUAUCUGAAUUAUUUCAAGAAUUACAAAUCUUACCAGAAUUAUCAUACGACUAGUAAUACAAGCAAUAACAACAACAAUAGUAGUAAUAAUAACAGCAUCAAUGGUAGAUUAUUACCAAUAGGAGCAACGGGAUCAACAAGUAAUUUGUAUAAAUCUUAUCAUACAUCAUCAAAUAGUAAUAAAAGUAGUAUUAAUAAUUUGCAACAAUCAAACUCGCAUGAAACAAGUGGUGGAUUAUUAAGUUUAAGUAAUUUAAGUAAUAGCAUGAUGCCAAUGCAAUAUGGAUAUUCGACCGUGAAAUCGCCGAAAAAUUAUCUGCAUUUUACACAUCAUCCUCAUCUUCAUCAGCAGCCGCAAUCAAUACAACAGUCACAUUUUCUCGCAUCUAGUUGGACACAAUCUAUGGACCCAAGGAAAGCAAGAAAGUACAUAACUCCAAGUCAACUUCCACAAGUGAUCACAACACCAAAUAAACCGCAAAGCGGCUUAUCACAAAAACUUCGAGAGCUGGCAACAUCGGCAGGUUUGCUAGCGAAACCACGUCAAACACCUCUCAAGCCUGUCAUCAAAACAAAAAGUUCACAAUCACCUGCACCAGAAUUACCCAAACGCGUCACAUUCAGCGAGUUUGCGACUGUACAAGUUGUAUGA